AUGGUUCAAAAUGUUGAGGUAGAAGUGCGGGUGGUAUUUUUGAAAAUCGGUGAAAUUGACACGUUGAAGGAAUUGUACUACGCGGAUGCUUUUAUUCAAGCCAAAUGGCGUGAACCGAAGUUGGACGAGAGGACUACCGAGGAACUGACAAUUACGGAAUUGGAACAAUUUUGGAAUCCGUUGCUUUACAUCGAUAACAUUCUGAGUGAAACCAAAGAAACCCAGUGGAUGAUGGCACAGAGAAACGAUGCGGGCGAGGUCUAUCUCCUCGAACGUAGACGCAUCAAAGGAUUGUUUCUGGAAACGUUGGAAUUGAAUGAUUUUCCACUGGAUGUGCAGUCGGACUGUAUUCCCCCAAUGACCUACGUGCAUGCCGGUUACUUGUCAUGUGAACUUUGCACACCGCGACACACACCGCGGAACACGUAUCUCAUCGGUUUUGGUACUCCUUUGGAUUAUCACUACUACUAUUACUACUAA